AUGUUUGCUCCGCUAGAGCGACCCUGGCGACUACAAAUUACAAUCCCAACCGCAAAACACUUUUACACUAAGAAUUGCUGGGUUCUGGUUCAAUUUAUGAAGAAGCUAACGGUAACGUCAGGAACCAACUUUCACUUAUUAUGUCCUGUCAAAUGCUUGACUUGACCAUGGUGGAAAGCUUGCUCCUGAUCGCCCUGCUAGCUCUCAUAAAAGAAACCA